AUGUCUGACUCCGAGAUGUCUACUCCAGCCGACAGUCCCGCCGACCACGAGAUCGAGCAGUGCCUGCGACGCGUCGUGAGAGAGCACAAGAAGAAAACGGACGAUCCGCUUUCCGUCAAUCAAGUACGCGACAUUGCCGCUAAAGAGCUUGACUUUGAUGUCAGUAUCUUGAAGGGAAUAGAAUGGAAGACACGUAGCAAGGACAUCAUCACCGACGCGUUCAAUGAGGAAAACGAGCCUUCACCAGUGAAACCUAAGGCAAAGCCUACGAAAGCUGCACCAAAGCCCAAGGCUAAGGCAGGCACGAAGCGCAAGUCGGAUGACGAGGAGCCGAACAAGACAAAGCGACGCAAGAAGGCGAAGGUUGAGUCAGAAGAUGACCUGUCCGAACCAGAGGCCGAAGAAGAUGAGGAAUUGGACGCGAGACCUGCAAAGAAGCCUGCAAAGAAGCCAGCAAAGAAGCGUGCAACGAAGAAGGCUGCUACCAAAGUCGAAAGCGAGAUAGAAGAUGACGAGGAUGAGCCCGCGGACAACGACGUAGAGCAAGCAAUAGAAGAUGCUGAAGAGGGCAAGAAAGAGCAACCUGCAAAAGCUGACAACGAAGAGAGCGAGCUGUCAGACGUACCAGACAAACUUGAAGUUCCCGAGACCAAUGGCAAAACAACUGCCGCAGAGGAUGACGAGGGCGAGCUUUCAUCUGUGAUCGACGAGCCACCCAAGAAGAAACGUGGAAAGAAGGCUGCCGUGGAGGCGAAGCCUAAGUCGAAGGUUACCGGAAAGACGAAAUCCAAGGCUGCUGGAAAGGAGGUGUCGCCGGACGAGGAGGAGAUCAAGCGCUUGCAGGGCUGGCUUGUAAAGUGCGGCAUUCGAAAGCUGUGGCAUAGGGAGCUCGCCAAGUGUGAGACGCCGAAAGAGAAGAUCAAACAUCUCAAGAAGAUGCUGGACGACGUUGGCAUGACUCCGAGGUACAGCAAUGAGAAAGCGAAGCAGAUCAAAGAAACUCGAGAGCUGGCUGCGGAGCUGGAGGCUGCCAAGGAGUUCAAUGAGCGGUGGGGACAGAGUGAGGGAGAAGAAGAUGACGAGGGAGGAGAGGAGGGCAAGAUCGCAAGUGAUUCUGAAGAAAAGAAGGACGGCGAGGCACCAAAGCGGAGACUGCCGAAAGGCUUCGUCGAUUUCGGUGACAGCGGCGAUGAAGCAAGCGACUAG